CAGUACUGUUGGAGCUUUGAAGUCACUAAAUGAACUGUUGUAAGUUGAGGACUACCUGUAUGUGGGAAAGGUUAGGCAUAUAACAAGAACUUGAACUAUUUCUUCUCUGACAGCUUCAAAACAUCAGUCUCUUAUCAUAACAUCCUUGGAGUGAAGAGCUUUAUGUAACUAAAUGGCCUCGUAAUUAUGAGGCAGGAUAAUCAGUGUGGUAACACUCUCAGACUAGUAGCAUUAUGCUUCUCCCAAACCAUUACCGAAAAAAAAAUGCUUGCAGGUAGAGAUUCAAAGGCAUAAAUAUAUUAAAAUAUGUAUUUUUAAAAAGAAAACAAGAAGCUAGUGAUUGUCAACAAUAAGAUUCAGACCAUAUUUACUUAAGAUUCAAGGUUUAAUUUGACAUUCCUUUUUCUGACCCAUGUUGUAAGGGUGAAGUGAUUGAAAGCGUGCUUCCACUUAUAUAUUAGGAUGGUCACCUAUGGUAUUUGCUUUGUAAAAGCCAUGAAGAAAAUACAAAUGUUGCUUAUUUUGACAUUGUGCCCCCUUGUAAGAAUAAAGACUCACAAAAUGUGGUUUUGUGGCAACUUUCUAUUAUCUUAAUUAAUGAUGAGGCAAAUGAGGCAAGUGGUAAUGCUACUGCUCUUUUCCAGUAUAUCAUUAAUUGGUGUACUGCCGACAGCAAAUGCAGAAGAAAAUAUAAUGAUGGUUUCACCUCCCUUUGAAUUGCGCCUGGUGCAUCUGGAUCUCAAGGGGGCUCCACCCAGAGUCUCAUACCUGGCAGAGAUCUUCCCAUUGCUCCAUGAGCUGGGUGCAAAUGGUAUUCUCCUUGAAUAUGAGGAUAUGUACCCUUAUGAUGGAGAACUGAAGCCACUCCGAUCAAAUGAUGCAUACAGUCCCGCUGAGGUUAAAGAGAUUUUAAAGCUGGCAAAGUCGCAUGAUUUGGAGGUGAUCCCCUUAAUACAGACGUUUGGACAUAUGGAGUUUGUUUUGAAGCACAAAGAAUUCUGCCACCUCCGAGAAGUGGCAAUGUUCCCCAACACAGUGAACCCCCAUAAAGAGGAUUCCUUGAAAUUGGUUAUUGCAAUGAUACAGCAAGUAAUGGCACUGCAUGACGAUCUCCGUUGGUUUCACAUUGGCUGUGAUGAGGUGUAUUACCUUGGUGAAGGGGAAGAAUCCAAGGAAUGGCUGCAGCAAGAAGAAAAUACUAUUGAAAAGUUGUGCCUAGACCACAUGAAAGCAGUGGCCAGUCACAUAGUCUCAGCCCAUCCCACUGUGAAACCAAUUGUAUGGGAUGACAUGCUGAGGAGAAUGAGUAAAGAAACUCUGAGAGAUUCUGGGCUAGCACAAAUGAUAGAGCUGAUGAUUUGGGAUUAUUCUCCUGAUCUUGAUGUGGAGAGUAAAGCCAAUCUCAUUGAAAAGUACCAAAGGUGUAACUUCUCAAAAUUCUGGUUUGCUAGUGCCUUUAAAGGAGCCACUGGAGUAAACCAGUGCUUGACACUCAUUGGACACCAUCUUAAAAACCAGGAGCAAUGGCUGAAAGUGGCUAAGAGCUGUCCUGCUGGUAUCAUAAGAGGAAUCACUCUGACUGGCUGGCAAAGGUAUGAUCACUUCUCCGUUUUGUGUGAACUUCUGCCUGUGGGAAUUCCAUCCUUAGCCAUAUGUCUCCAAGCAUUAAAGAAUGGUGGCUAUUCAGAAAAAGUGAGAGAAGAUGUAGAAAAAUUACUGGGGCUCUCCCAUUUGGAAAUAAACAGCUUCAUGAGUGGUAUCACAGGGACUUUCCCAGGAAAUGAAAUUCUCUCAUUUGUAACUCAAAUUGCGUUUUACCUCAAAUCCUCAAUAGAUGAACUUUUGGAAAACAACAGAUAUGUUACAGGUUGGUUUAGUCCCUACCACAGAAAAAGAAAGAAGAUCCAUCCCAUAAUGAUUCAUCACUUUCAGCCAGAUGCCGUAAGGCUUCUGACCAAAUGGACUGUUCUAACAGAGGAAUUGCAAACAGCCAUGAAAAAGAUUUUCUACACCACUGCUAUAGAAGAAUGGAUAGAAGAAAAUGUCGAACCAAGCCUUCAAAGACUUCAAGGAACAGUAGAUGAUCUGAACUGUGCAGUACAGGAAUUGUCUUAGCAUUUUGAUAUAUGACUUUGCUAAUUGGAAACUCAACUUUCAGUUAGAAUCAAGCAAAUAAAUAAUAGGGUAUGUCCAGAUGAAUUUUAAUACGUUUGGCAUUAUAAUGAAAGUCUGGGGUUAUAAGAGAGAUGAGUCUUCUUUUUAUCAUGCUUUAAAUUUAAAAUUAAAUUUAAAAAUCAUGCAGACACUUUAAGUAAAUAUGCUUAGAAUACUUCCCCUGAAGUGUGAGAAAAGUUAAGUAUAAAAUUUUUCUCUCUUAAAUACUACAAUGGUUAGGAAUCUUCUAACUAAACAGUGGUGGGACAUUCAGGAUAUAGCAAACGAACUAUCUUCAUGCAACCAAAAAUUUUAAGGAAUUCAUAAAAAACAAGUGAGGAUUAGCAUACAGACAACUUAAAAAUGGACAUUUACAAAUUAACAGAGAACUUUACAUGGGAUUGUAAUGUGAGAAAGAGAGCACACAAGAGUAUAAUCUCUUCCAUUUAACUAAGCCUGUUUAUACUGCAAGUAAUCUUGCAUCUGUUACAGUUUCUUGAAGCUGUGCAUUUGAACAUUUAGUGAUUUCAGCUACUAAGGCACCAACUGUUCCUCUGCCAGACAUUCAAUGCAGGAAAAAAUAUACAAUUUUGUUAUAGCCACUCUUUACUUUUAACUUCAAACAGGCACCUUUCCAUUUUAAGUAUUAAGGUUCAUCCAGGCAAGAACUUUAAUUAAAUAGUAUUUUCCAAUAAAUCAAACUGCCUUGUAAGAUUAGUUUACAACACAAAUGUUUAUAAAUAAAUGUUGAAGUUAAGACUUUUUUUUUCAGAACUAUAUAAAAGAGCGCCUGUCUUAUCCUAGUCAGAGAUACAAUCACAUUUCCAAGAUGUCAGAUUGCUUCCAAAAGAAUAUCUUAAUAUUGACCCCAAAUAACCAUCUGUAAUCAGUUCUGAGAUGAGCAAUGAGCAUUCAGUUCCAUGAACCAGAACAGGUGACAGCCUCAUGCCUAAAUUUCCUUAUGCAGCUCAGGUUGUCUCACCAUCUCAAAGACACGUUUGUGUUACAUUCAAUUUGAUAUCAAACCAUUUCUUAUUUUAAUGUUCUAAUUAUAAUCUUGCUUAGAUGGAUAUUUCUUCUACUGUAUCAAUUUCAGUGAAUUAUGAAAUAUUGUCCAGCUUUUAAAAAUGCACACAUUUGUAGACACAGCUCUAUUGCUUAAUUGUGCAAGAAAAAAACUUUUAAUUUCUAAUGCCAUAGCCAGGAAACAAGUAUUUAUAGAAUGGAGUUUAUAACUUUUCCUAAACCAUUGUUAUUUUUUUAAAAGCAAGAAGUUGUUUUACAAAGGAAGCAUUAAAAUGUGUUACUAUAGUAUUUGAAUAUCUGACAAGGAAUAUUAAUACUCAGUAUGAAACAGUGCAAUAAUUUUUAAAUUGUACAACUGAAAAACCACUUUAUAAAGCACAUUCACUUUCCAAUAAACAUCUUAACACUUUU